ACCAUCAAAACCUAAGAAGUGGGGCUAUAAAAUUCUCAUCUUGGCAGGAUCUAAUGGAAUACCAUACAACCUUGAGGUCUACACUGGGAGAGUCAACCAACAUCUUGAGCUGCCAGAUGUUGGAGCUAGUGGAAAUGUCGUCCUUCGAUUGGCCCUGCCAAUCCCCAAGGAAGAGAACUACAAGCUCUUCUUCGGUGCACUGGCACUGUUCGUGGUAACAGAUUACCUGGGAUCAACCUGAAGAGCGAUGCUGAUCUGAAGAGAGCAGGACGUGGGGCAUUCGAAGAGAAGAUAGCCAUGGUGAGAGAAACCACCUUGCAUGUUGUCAAGUGGUAUGACAACCGCUCUGUGACCCUUCUGAGUGACCACAUCGGAGCCAACCCUGUGACCGAAGUUGACAGGUGGGAUCGCAACCAGAAGAAACACAUCACUGUCCCCUGCCCUGCUGUGGUGCAAGAAUAUAACAAGAACAUGGGUGGGGUGGACCUGCUUGACUCACUGAUUGCACUCUACCGCAACAAAGUUAGAUCCAAGAAAUGGUACCACCGGCUGGUGUUCCACUUCCUGGACAUGAUCAUUGUAACCACCUGGCUGCUCUACAGAAGAGACUGAAGGCACUGGUAUGGAGAAGAAAGACCAAAUGAGGCUCUAUACCUUCAAAUCUUACAUUGCAGAGGGCCUCUGCAUGUGUGGAAAAAGCCUGGAGAAGAAGAGAGGUCGUCCCAGCCAGUCCAUUGCUGGCGCAUAUGAGGAGAAGAGGAAGAAAGGACGCACAGCUCCCAUUCCAGUCGAAGAUGUCCGCCUGGAUCAAACAGCCCACUGGCUGAUCAUGACUGAGGACAAGGGACGAUGCAGGG